CACAACGGGUGAAAGCCACUUUCGCUUCACAACAGAGAAUGAAGCCCUGUACCCUGGUCACCAUUUCGGGAGUCGCCCUCGUCGUGCUGCUCUGCGCCAUCGAGCAGGGUGCAGAGGCGACGCUCAUUUUACCCAUUGUCAUCUACAAGAAAACGCCAAAGCAUCAUAUUUUCCUUCCGCUGCCUCUGCCUCUCCCCGUGCCCAUCCCCAUCGUGAAACCGAAGGUCCUGCCGCUUCUCCUGCCCAAGCUUCCCCGGAUCGGCAUCACGGUACACCUGCGAAAGACUCCAAAACACGUCACCCAUCACCACAAACCGCAAGUGCUUCACGUGGAUCACGUCGACCAGCACGACCACCACGAGGAGCUGCAUCACCAAGAUCACUCGGACCAUCAGGUCCAUCACGACCAUCAGGCCCAUCACGACCAUCAGGACCCUCAGGUCCACACGGACCAUCACGACCAUCAGGUCCAUCAGGUCCACCAGGAUCAUCACGAUCAUCCGGUCCAUCACGACAAUCACGAAGAAGUCUACAAGGUGGAGGACCAUCAGCAUCAAGUCUGGAAGAAAUCUUAGCCCUAAGUAACGACACAGUUCUUACUACACUCAACGGCACACAGGCAUCUGACUAACAGCAGCAGCAGGGCAGCCCAUUAGUCCCAUGCCUGCGACGUUUCAUCCUGCAGGGUAACGAGUUCCAAGGUGGUUGCUAGGGUGACGGUCUACGCUACUGACGGCCAAGUGCAACAGAGGUGGACGCUGCGCGUUAAGACGGACAAUGUUGACUUUGUAGCGCUAGAUAAAGUUGGUACUUCGAGGA